CGAUCUUUUAGAUCUCCGCUGGUGGAAACACAAGUGUACAAUUUAUCCGGAUUGGAAUGGGGGUUCCAUCUCGGAUUUUAGUUGACGGUUCUCGCACGAGCUGUCACAUCCAGUAUGUUCGAACUGGCGCUGUAUUGCCGGUGGUACCCCGCGGAGAUACCACAAGCAAGGGCAGUUCGAGCAUAAUAUGCUCGAUGGAAAAAUCGCAUGCCCAAAAAGCACGUCGAGUGUAAUAUUUAUGAUGAUUGGACAGGUUGUGUAACAGGAACAGGGCGAAUAACCCAAACCCUUGUGUUUAGUUUAUUGCACUCCACAUGUUAAGCGCCCGAACCAUGUUCGGUGUUUUUUGACAAACAAAUAAGAAAGGAAUAAUACGUGGGGGGGUGUUGCCUAUUGUAGCCUCCUGGGGUGUUGUGCAUGUGCAUAACAGCCGCACGACUUUCCCGCUCGCUCCUAGCUUUGAAAUAUAUAUAUGUGUCGUCUCCUAAGAUUACCCACAGGUCAAUUCUAGUGUUGCAAGUGUGCAAAAGGAUACAUUACGCACCUUUGUCAGCUUCCAGAUCUCAAGUUAGAGAGAAACCACUACCGCCAAGGCUAGCCUCGUCCUUGAAGAGUCAUCUACUUGCUCCUCCUUCGAUUACUUGGAUACCAAAUCCGAAUCAUCGCAGUGAGCGAUGGAACCUGGCGAAUUGGAGAAGCAUACUACGAAUGAGGACCUGUUGGGUGGUAUCUUGGCUACCCUCAAGCCUGUCGAACUUCUCUUGUCUCAGCAGAACCACCCCCGCCCUUCUGGUCUAUCCGAGGACAGCGCCCACGAUUCCGGAGAUGCAGAAAGACACAGUGACAGAGAAGAUGAUAAGAACGAAGGGCAAAGCGGCAAUGAGCAAGAAGGCGAGGGUGGAGUAAACGAGGAAAAUCAAGAAGACGAGAAGGAAGCAGACGAUGCGAAUCAAGCAGACGAGAAUGAAGCAGAAAACGAGAACCAACAACAUGACGACGAAGCAGAAGAGUGGACUUCUUGGGGAAGAAAGGGCGAUGUAGAAAGUGUGGCGGAGCCUGCCAUGUCUAAUAUCGCAAAUAUGCCCGAAUUUGGGGAGGUUAUUGGAUUUGGCGACAGAAUACCGCAUAACCCAACUUACCCCUUGCUAUUUAGCCAGGCCUUCCUGGAGGGAUUUGAACCAGACGAGGUAAAACGUAGAAUAGGGGUUAUUGCGAAAUAUUUAGAAACAGUAUCACAGUUGGACGGUUUGGUGAAGCUUGAUAUUAUUGAUUUCCCAAUAGUGGACGAGUUGUACAACACACGUUCCGGUACAAUACUUAACAAUAAUCUUCAUCCUAAAUAUGAAGGACAAAAAUGCCCUAUACAAUAUUCUAUGGCAUGGUUUUGGGUUAACGAAUCUACAAAAUAUCACAGGAUACUCCGGUUGGAAGGAGCCUCUGAAGUGGCUAAGAAGAUUAAGUCCACGUUUGCUCACGAGAUUUGCCCUUUAAUUUUUUCACGCCCGAAUAUUUGGAGUUACCAUCUUAUCGACGUAGUUGAUCUCCAUAUUGAAUGUGCAGAACGGCGCAGAAGUAUUAAACGUGUUGUUGUCUUGGGCGGAUAUAUAUUUCACACGACGUUUUUCCAACUAUGCCAGUCGCAUACUGAGUCAGAUUCCUGGUCUACUGGUCGUAUAUAUUCUAUUAGCGAUUUUGGUGGGAAACUGUUCAGGAAAGCAUGCAUUACAGUGAGAUGAAAGCAAAAUAACAUAUCCCAUGAAGCCG